AAAACAAUAACCUCUUUGUUGGACAAACCAGAGGAAAGACCUAUGAAGGCAUCAGUCUCACCAGCAAAGCCAAGGAGAAAUCCAUUUAAUUCCACUGCACCGGGUGAUAACUUGAACAGCAGUGAGUCAGAAAACAGACAAGCCACUCUACCUCAGCUAUCACAGAAGGAAAUUCCAUCACACUCGGAAGAGAGCCACCCUAAACCCAACUUACAAAACGAUGAAACGGAGAGACAUAAGAAGCCUUCUGUAGAACCCACUGAUGAAUCACAGAAAGGACUGGCUAAGCGUCCUGUCCCGAAAGCUAGAAAAUUAAUUCACAAAGCAACAGAUCCCGUGUCAGAAAGAGAAGACUUUGUUCCCAAACCAGCCAAACGGACAGAGAGGGUUAAUGGCACUGGCACACCCCCCAGGGGCAUUCUGAAACGCAGCUCAAGCUCCAGUUCCACUGACUCAGAAGUUCGUGUUAGUCAGAUGUUAGAUGUUCAGAAAAAGAAUGCUCUUCCUACUGCAACUAUUUUUGAAGGAGAAGCCGAGAAGAGCUCUCCUAUGGAAGACGCGGAAGAGUCCACACAAAUUUCACUGGAAAAACUAAAACAAGUGAGGUUCUCAUCUAGCACAGGUAAAGGAGAACCUCUGCAAAGCCCACAGCCACACCAUGGUAGAGAAGGAGGAGAGUUUGAUUCAUUAAAAUCUGACAAAAUAAAGAGUAGUGAAAAGGAUGCUAUUAGAUCAGAUUCAUCUGGGAAUAAGCAAAUUUCUGCUGUAAAGGCUUUAGGAACUGAUUCAUCCUCUUUACAAGUGAAAACAACAGAUGGAUUUCAAGAUACAUCGGCAUCUAGUCCUUGUGACACUAAUAGGUCAGACUUGCUGGUUAACGAAGCCUUGCAGGCAAAGAGAGGUACUCCUAAGGAACUUGAAACUCCACAGAAGACCUCCAGCACCAUCCUGCCAAACAGCAAUAACGAACUGCGUGUUGAUGAGACACGUGAAAAUAAAGCCACCCAGUUCUUGAGCCGUGAAUCAAAGUCAGACAAAAACGUUACUGAUGACCAUCAGCUUUCUUCUAAGACAGAAGCACAUGAGGUGCCAAAUACCAAUUCUACAAGCCUUCAACAAGGUAAGCCUGAUCUUGUUGAGCAGCGAGAUGCUAAAACCAGUUUGAAGCCUGACAAAUAUGCUGAUGAACUCAUGGAAGUGGCCAAUGAAUCUGUAUCAAAAGUCUUAGAUUGGUUUAAAAGAAGUUCUGGUACUGAAGAUAGGAAAAGUGUAUCGGCUCGAUCCCAAGGCAGGGAACCUAACGAGGAACUGGACUUCUCAACCAGGACAGUGGAUGUUCCUGCAGAACACUGUGGGCCUAAGACAGAUGGAAAACCAGAAGGUAAAGAAGAGUUACCGGUUGGAAAGAUGAAGCAACGGAAGAGUAGUUCAUCUACAUCACUUAUUUCAAAAGAUAAACAACUGAUAAAAGAGAGGAUGAAACCUGAGGAAGAGAAUGAGGAGCAAAAUGACGAAUCACGAACUGAAUUUGACUGUCCAAGAGGUGAAGAAAAAGAACAUGGUCAAGAAAUCGAGAAACAAAAUGAAAAAUCAGAUCCCUUGGAACAUCAGGAACAAAAGGUACCAGCUCAGAAAUAUGAAUCGGAGAAGGCAAUGCGAGAAAAAAGAAGAAUAAGGGAGAUCAGAGCAUUCUGGGAAGGGCAUAAAACUGUCCCCAGUCAUGGAGAGAAAGAAGUUAGUACUGAUACUAAUGCCUCGGGUGGAAGUGCAUUGAAAGGUCUCAGAGAAAGUGAUAAAAUAAAACCAGCUGCCAUAUACUUACCUCAGGGAUUGGAUGAUCAAAGCAAGAAUACGUUAAGAAGUGCUGAACUAACUUCUUCAGGCCAGGCUUUCAGAAAUGAACAUCAAAACUCUUCUGAGUUUGGACCAGGCCGUGCAGUUGAAAAGCCAGAAGGAACACUUCCACCUGAUGGUGAAGUUGAUGAAUAUACACAGUUGCCAAAAACCCAUAACUUGCAGCCAAGUGUUGGUGCCACUUCAGCUUCCCCAGGAAGCAAAGACAAGGAUGAGAAAGAAACACUCAAAGGAAAUGUUGCUGCUUGUUCUCAACAGAAGCCCAGCUUCCAGGUUUUGUCUUCAAAAGAAAAAAUGAAUGAAAAGUCCAAGAAUCAAAUUUCAAGUCCUUCACAGUUCCAGAAUUUGAGAAACUUCUGGGAUACUGGAGUUAAAUCACAGAGUAACAUUGACAGGGCAGAUGCUUCUUUGCCACAUAAUACUGGUUCAAUAACCUAUGACAGAAAAUCAAAGGAAGAUAAAAAAGGCAGAGAUAAUGUGAGCAAGCAAGAGUUAGUUCAACAACAAACCCAAACAUCAGAGAGAGAAAAGAACCAGAACCUGGAUUCUGUGGUUUGUGACCUGCCUCUAGGAUCUCCUACCCUGAAAGGUCUUGAUGUGGUGCACACAAAAAACACAGACUCUGUCCAGCUGGACAGAAAAGCAGUUACCUCAAAACUCCAGGAAAAGAUGGGUCUUCCAGAGCAAGAAGUUAAAGCAUGUGUAGAAAAAGGUAUGGUUUCAUCAAAAGAACGUAAUGAUUCCUUGCAGUUGCUCCACUCGCCUGAUGAUAAAGAUGCUUUAAAGGAAACAACAGCAGAUGAUUGUCUACGUUUACCUAUAGAAAAAGUGGAGAACAAGACUCCUCUGUUAGAUGUCAAUCUUCCUAAAGAGGAAGUUGCAGAGACUGUGGAUAAGGUGGUUCUACCUAAAGCUGAGCUUGAUGUAUUUAAAUUAGGCCUAAAGAAGUUAGAAAAGGAAGCCUCUGAGAUGUCAUCUAGCUUGAACCUAAAAGAAAACAUUUUGAAAGAGACAACUCUUGACUCAAAUCAGUGCAAGGUCUCUGAAAGAAGAGUAGAAGAGAGCCACGAUGUUUCUCUUGCUGAUCAAACAGAAGAAAUAAGCGAAAGCACAGGAAAAGUGAAUGGGCCAUCAGCAGAUGAGCAUGAAAACAAAAAAAGCCUCAGGAGACUGUUUAGGGAAUUUGAACCUUUCUGCCUACGAUAUCAGGCAGCAGACAAGGAUGAUGCUCUUGGGGGUUCUCAGUGGCCUCAAGCUGGUUUGCAGAACCUGCUCAGAGAAACCUGUGCAUCUCAACCAUCUGAAUAUAGAAAGGUGGGAAUGGAAACAUCUGGUGACACAAAUAGUGUAUCACAAACUAAUUGUAGCACAGAGUCAACACACCAAGAAGAUACUGGUCAGCCUGAAGAGGUCAAUGAGACCAUAGAAAAGUUUGUUGCCCCAUCCAAGGUUAGUGGCUUGAGUUCUGCUUUAGAGAAGCUGCUGGAGGAGGCAUCUGAAAUGCCACCUCCUAAACUAAAGCGUGCUGACAGCACAGUACAGGGGACUGCUGAGAUGGAAGUUGAAAGCACGACUGAUGAGGAUGAUGGAGAGCUGCCGCAGGAAAUCAGGGAGGCCAUAGAAAAGUCUGUUGCCCCAUCCAAGGUCAAUAGCUUGAGUUCUGCUUUAGAGAAGCUGCUGGAGGAGGCAUCUGAAACACCACCUCCUAAACCCAAGCGUGUCAUUAGUACAGUACAGAGAACUGCCGAGGUGGAAGUUGAAAGCACGACCUAUGAGGAUGAUGGAGAGUUGCCACAGGAAAUCAGAGAGACCAUAGGAAAGUCUAUUGCACCAACCAAGGUCAAUAGCUUGAGCUCCGCUUUAGAGAAGCUGCUGGAGGAGGCAUCUGAAACACCACCUCCUAAACCCAAGCGUGUCAUUAGUACAGUACAGAGAACUGCCGAGGUGGAACUUGAAAGCACAACCGAUGAGGAUGAUGAAGAGCUGCCGCAGGAAAUCAGAGAGGCCAUAGAAAAGUCUUUUGCCCCGUCCAAGGUCAGUAGCUUGAGUUCUACUUUAAAGAAGCUUAUGAAGGGGACCUCUGAAAUGCCACCUCCUAAACCAAAGCAUGCUGACAGCACAGUAUGGAGGACUGCGGAGAUGGAAGUUGAAAGCACGACCGGUGAGGAUGAUGGAGAUUUGUUGCAGGAAAUCAGAGAGACCGUAGAAAAGUCUGUUGCCCCAUCCAAGGUCAAUAGCUUGAGUUCUACUUUAGAGAAGCUGCUGGAGGAGGCAUCUGGAACUCCACCUCCUGAACCAAAGCGUGCAGACAGCACAGUACGGAGGACUGCGGAGAUGGAAGUUGAAAGCACGAUCUAUGGGCAUGAUGGAGACUUGCGGCAGGAAAUCGGAGAGACCGUAGAAAAGUCUGUUGCCCCGUCCAAGGUCAAUAGCUUGAGUUCUGCUUUAGAGAAGCUGCUGGAGGAGGCAUCUGGAACACCACCUCCUAAACCAAAACGUGCUGUUAGUAUGAUACAGAGAACUGUCGAGGUGGAGGUUAAACACACGACCUACGAGCAUGAUGGGGAGCUGCCACAGGAAUGCAGAGAGACCACAGUAAGGUCUGCGUUUUCAAAGGCUGAAUAUGGAGUGUUUGAUGUUAAUUUGCAGAUGCUACCAAAAGAGGUCUCUGAAACACCAGCUUCUGUGGUGGACAAUACGGAUAAGAAAAUGCAAGGUAAAAUACAUCCUAGUCCAAGCAUGCAUGGUCCACAUCAACAAGAGAGAGGUCAUCCUCAAGAAGUAGAAGAAACAAUAGAAAGAACUUCUGUUUCAAAUAUUGUGAAAUUCAGUGAAUUCAGUAGCUCUUCAGAAAAACUUUUUCAAGAAGCAUCUGAAAUUUUGUGUCCAAUAUCCAAAGAGUCACAUAAACACACAGAGGUGAGGGUAGCUGGCAGAGGGGGAGCUCCAGAACAAAAUAUCAAAACUUCAGUAAAUGAUCUUGUAGGAACUGAAAUUGAAGCUCCUGAUCUUCCUAAAAGAGAUGGAGCUAUUAGUGAAAUACAAGAUAGAAACAUGGCCCCAGUUGAUCUCCCUCCCUUGGAAGGAGAGACCAGUACGAUUGCAGUGGAGCCAUGCAAGAUAAAUGAAAAAGAAAGGAGAGGUGAAAGCACAUCCCUGGAUGCCCCCCAAAAUAAUUCCGAAUUUACAGCAGUGUUGAAAUUCAGGAGAGAAAGCACACCCCUUAAAGGUGGGAGCGACUCCCCUCAGCCAGAAGGAGCUCAACUCUGCCAAAUGUCUCAGCGUGAGGACAAUGCUGAAGAAGAAGGGGGCGGCUCAAAUUUGGGAUCCAAAUUUUCAGAUGAAAACUCCGAUUCCCACUCUGGAAGUUCAACUCGUUCAGAAGAAGAAUUAAACCCUGUUUUGAUGGCUUUGAAAAGGAGUGCAGAUAGGAAAAUGCCUUCCAAAAGUCUAGAGGACAUUCCAUCAGCCACCUCAAAUACAGGAAAAAAAAAUAACCCAAAGGAAGAAUUAGCUCUUAGUGCUGAAGAUGGUCCGAAACCUGAUCAGCAUCAAGAGAGGAACGAAAAUGCAGCAGGAAUCUCCACAGUGCCUUCGCAGCCCGAGAAGCCGUUUGCCAAUCCUGAGAAACUCAAAGGACUGAGCAAGUCGGUACCGUCGUUCCUCCAGGACGAGAGUGAUGACAGAGAGACAGAUACAGCCUCAGAAAGCAGUUAUUCCCUUGGCAGAAUCAAGAAGAGUCCCAGCUCUCUAACCAAUCUUAGCGGCUCUUCUGGCAUGGCCUCCUUGUCCUCUGUGAGCAGCAGCCUAAUGAGCAUCUACAGCGCGGACUUCGGCAACGUGGACGUGAAGGGGACCAUCCAGUUUGCUGUCGAUUACGUAGAGCAGCUGAACGAGCUCCACAUCUUUAUCUGCCAGUGCAAGGACUUGGCAGUGGCAGACGUGAAGCGACAGCGUUCGGACCCGUACGUAAAGACCUACCUGCUCCCAGAGAAAUACAAGCUGGGCAAAAGGAAGACCUCUGUGAAGAAGAAAACUUUCAAUCCAGUCUAUAAUGAAAUCCUGCGGUACAAAAUUGAGAAGAGUCUCCUACAGAACCAAAGCCUUAAUAUCUCUGUCUGGCACAACGAUACCUUUGGGAGGAACAGCUUCCUCGGUGAAGUGGAGCUGGAUUUAGGGACCUGGGACUGGAAUGAUAAAUCCAACAAGCAGAUCAAGUGGCUCCCACUCAAGCCAAGGACUUCAACAACAGCUCUUGAACUAGAAAGCAGAGGGGAGAUGAAACUAGCCCUCCAGUACGUCCCACACCCCGUUGGAGGAAAGAAGACUCAAUCCACUGGUGAGGUCCACAUCUGGGUGAAGGAAUGCCAUGACCUUCCUCUUCUGAGAGGCAACAGGCUCAACUCUUUUAUUAAGUGCACCAUUCUUCCAGACACGAGCAGGAAAAGUCGCCAGAAAACAAGAACGGUGGCAAAAACGACGAACCCAGUGUUCAACCACACCAUGGUCUAUGAUGGCUUCAGACCAGAAGAUCUGAAAGAAGCCUGUGUCGAACUCACGGUCUGGGAUCACAACAAACUGGCCAACCACUUUCUGGGAGGUCUCAGGAUAGGCCUUGGGACAGGCAAAAGCUACGGAACCACGGUAGAGUGGAUGGAUUCAACUUCAGACGAAACCGCCCUUUGGGAGAAGAUGAUAAACUCACCAAACACGUGGAUAGAAGACACGCUACCUCUCCGGAUGCUAAUGGUUGCCAAAUUGACAAAAUAAGGUGGCUUUUAAAUUGCUAGUGUCAAAAAUAACCACCCUUGGGAAUGAAAUCUAAGGAAUGGGAGUGGAACUCGGAAGAGGAACUCAGUCACUCUUUUGAGAGUCUCUGCUCUGUUGCUGCUCUGGUUUUGUUCUGUCAAAUGUCACUUCGUAUUUCAAAUUAAACUUCUGCCUGCAGAUUAGUACGUAAAUUUAAAGGAGUCUUUUAUUCACUAAAAAUUGCUUCAAGGAAGAAGGCACCUGCAGAAUUCAGUGGUGGAGGUAGCCGUGACACCUGGAUGUUUGUGCUGCCGAACUGAAGUGUUGCUGCUCCCUUAAAUAAUCUAAAUUACCAGCAGAAAAAGAAGAACAAGUCCCCUCUCUCUGUCCACUCCUGGGAUUGCUCAAGAAGCAUCAUAAGAUAGCAACAGGGGGCGUUUUGUUCACGCUCGUUAAGUAUCUGUAACCUCAUUAUGGCAUCUCAGAUCUCUCCAGCGAGGAACAGGAGCAUGAAGAAUUUUAUAAUUUCUUUUUUUUGAAAGUUCCUAUAGCUGUAGUUGCACAUUUCUAGGAUAUGAAAAUCGCUUCUUUAAGGAAAGAAGCAUUACACGAAGCGGUACUGUCCAUGUCCUGCUCUGCAGGGUGCAGAGGAUUGUUAAUUUUAAUUUACUGUAGGAAAUUAGGAUUAUAAAAAGUUGGUUUAUAUGUGUGUUAAUUGUCUUGCUCGUAUACAAACUUUCCCCUUACAUGCUGAAGGCGUAGGAAUCAAACCUUUUCCUUUAUUCAAACGCUACUCUGAAGAGGCUAAACCUGCCAAUUUUGGUGCCGACAAGUACGUUGGGUAUUUAUUCUGUAAAGAGCACUCUGUACCUCUCUCUGUCACCUCGGUUUUUCGCAAAAAAGUUCUUUAUCUGUGCUUCAGCGCCACCGCUGGGAGAGCGCGGGGAUUACGGGGCUCUGGGCUUGGGCAGCUUUGCAGCGUAGGGUGGAUGUAACCUGUAGAACUGCCUGCUUCCAAAGAUAAAUGCCUAAAAGACAAAAAUGUAUUAAGUUUGGUUUGUUUUUUUUUAAUAAAAGCAGCCUAUUAAAGCUAAAUAGGAAUUCAGUGUUUAUAAAAAGCCAGUGUUUUAUGUUGGCAAUUCAGCAUGUGAUGUAACAGAGAGCAGGCAGAAAAGAUUUCUGACAAUAAAUGCACAUUUAUUUGCUCUGUGUAAGCCUGAAAGCU